CGCCGACCUUCAACACCGAGCACGAAAGAGGCAGACCCAGCAGUCUUUAUCUCUACGCAUACAUCCCACACGCACCCAUCGCCCAUCACUCGUUACUCUCUUCUGCACUCGAAUUCGAGCAUUUGAUCCUUGGCUAUUUCAUUCACGAGUAAUCUCUGGAUCAAAGCUUCGCGACUCCCGCCCAAGCUGAAACAAGACAAUCAGAUCGACGAUUAGGAAGAGUGUGACGCGGCAAGAGAUUGCCGACGGCAUACACGCUCCAGCGUCACUCUGAUACCAUUCGGGACAGCUUGUAGAUGUGCGUGUCUUGUUCUUCCAACGUGUACACCUGCCAAUCUGUCAUCAUCACUUCUCUGGCUGCCUAGCACAAAGUUCAACUUUCCGUCGCAGCUAGAAUCAGAAAACCAGCAUCGCCCCCAUCCACCGGUCCAAGCACAGCAUACAAGCGAGGGACUGCGUCGACGUCAUGGAUAUUUCAGAGCGUGCCAGCGGCUCCAACCUGGUAGCAGAUGAUCCGAUCCACCCAUCUCGCUCCGUACGUUUCGCUAGCACAAACGAUUUCCAUUCUCCCAAUUCGCCUCCAUCAAGCGCUUUAUUCUCCUACGACGUCUCGGACGAGUCGGCUGACGAGGGGGAUGCUCUUUCCGGCACCGGCAAUCGAAAAGGAGAAGCGAGCGCAAGUGGGAAACGAUCAAAUUCAAGUGGAGGUGGUGGAGGGGUAACGACAUUGGGAUUGAAAAGUACGACUUCUUCUAAAGAGGCGCAGUACGAUGCGGAUAGCGAUGAGCUGGGAGAUGAAGAUCUGGACGCUUUGAGCGUUUCGACAGCUACGUUGAACCAAGAUCCAUCUUCACGAGGUGGUGCAGGAUCAGGUCGGAAUCGAUCAGCUCGCGCCGGUGCUGGUACCUCCUCAGCAUCAGGCUUGGCAUCAACGUCAACAUCGGGAUCCAGAUCCAUACCCCUCAUAGAUCGUAUACCUCUGCCUGCUGCCUUGUCUAGACACUCGACCGAUGGCAUAACCGAAGGACUGGUGGAGAUCAGGAAUCAGCUGAGGGAUAUCGAGCUCCCGGAUUGGCUCAGAAGAGGAGCUGGAGUCUUCGAAGCCACUGUCAAUAUGGCGAAUUCUAUCCUAGGUGCAGGAGUGGUCGGUCUUCCCUACUCGCUUCGCACUUCCGGUUUCGUGGCAGGCCUCGGUCUCUUGGCAGGUCUGGCCUUAUUGACAGAUUGGACCAUCCGUCUGAUCGUCCUCAACGCCAAAUUGAGCGGAAGAACGACGUAUAUCGAUAUCAUGCAGCAUUGCUUUGGAAACCAUGGAAGAGCUGCCGUGUCUCUCUUCCAAUUCGCUUUUGCUUUUGGUGGAAUGUGCGCUUUCUGUGUCGUGAUCGGCGAUACUAUUCCGAGCGUGCUCAAACAGCUGCUGCCCUUUUUGGCAGACUCGUUCUUGACGGGUAGGAUGUUCAUCAUCACAGUCUGCACGCUAGGCAUCUCCUACCCGCUAUCGCUGUAUCGAGACAUCGAGUCUCUCAGUCGCGCUAGCGCAGUGGCCCUCUUUAGUAUGGUCCUGAUCAUUGUGGCCGUCAUUGUUAGGGGGCCAGCGAUGCCUCCUGAAUUGAAGGGAGACCCUGCUCAAAGGUUCACCAUCAUUGCCCCCAGCGGCAUCGUACGCUCCAUCGCAGUCAUUUCCUUCGCUUUCGUCUGCCAUCACAAUUCGCUGCUCAUCUACGGCUCGCUCAAGGAACCAUCGAUGGAUAAGUUCCAGCGAGUGACGCACUACAGCACAGCUAUUGCUGCAAGUGCUGCCAUCGCGAUGAGCAUCGCUGGAUACUGGUCCUUUACAGACAAGACCCUGAGCAAUGUCCUUAAUAAUUUUCCUCACGAAGACACAAUGGUCAACGUGGCUCGAUUUCUGUUCGGCGUCAACAUGUUCACCACGCUACCGUUAGAAGCCUUUGUAGCUCGCGAAGUGCUCGAGACCUACUUUUUUGCGGGCGAAUUUGAUCAGACCCGGCACAUCAUCUUCACCUCUGCCCUCGUCGUUUCGGCCAUGAUAGUCAGCCUAUCCACGUGCGAUUUGGGAAUAGUGCUGGAAUUGACAGGAGGCCUGAGCGCUACUACCCUCGCCUUUAUUUUUCCAAGCAUCUGUUUUCUCAAGCUGGCCAACGAUAGCUCGUCCAGCGCAAGGGUGGAUCGAGUCGUGCCAGAGCUGACGAGCGAGAGCAAUACGACUUCUCGAGGACGGACGACCAGAAGAUCAGGUGGUGAUGGAGAAGGCGAAGAGAGCGAAGACGAGGAUGCGCAACUGAGCGAUUUGGAAGGCGAAGCUGGAAUGAACGAGGCGGAUUUGACGGUGGAUGAGGUGGAAUUGCCACUCAGACCGGGAGCUAGAGCUAGGCAGCGACCACCCGGAUCUCAAAAGAGACCAUGGUGGGCCUCUACCAAACCUUUGGCCGUCGUCACUGCCCUCUUUGGGCUUGCAGUUCUCGUCAUCAGCGUCAUGCAAGCUUUGGGCGAUGCGGCUGAGGGACGUGCUGGGGCCGUACAUCAAUGCUAGAUGCUCCCGAGGUGCGCCCGCUUGAUUGAGUUCAAGAGGGGGAAUAGAUCGCUACCUGUGCGCUAUUAACAUAAUUAGAGUGGACGAUCAAAUGCGAGCGGUGAAGAG